AUGGAUCCGGGUAUUCUUUGUUUCCACCAUUGUGAUCAUAAAGUGUUUUGCACUAUAAUACCAGAGAAUUGUCCAGUCUGUCAACAAAAAUUAGACAGAUAUGACUAUAACCUGCUCCCGUUCAGAGUUCCCUACCCUUUCGUAAAGGCAUCUCAGCAUCCUCGAGCGAUCGUCAUGAAGCCUACUCACGGCGAUUUCCUGAAUGACUACUACAAUUCCAAAGAUUUACACAUAGGUGUAACUAACUCCCAGGGAUGUGUGGUUGAGUUUAGUGAAGAAGGGAUCCGUGGUGUCGAUCCCAUGACCAAAAAGUGGAGUAGCUGUGAUUCAAGUGUAGAAUGGGACCAGUGUUUGCUGCUAGAACAAUUUGACGAAUUGUGGAAUGAAAUAUGGGACAGUGUCUUGCUCAAGGUGAGUUUGAGUCCUUUGUGGGAAGCGGAUCGAUACAAUGAAGAAAGACACAACUGCUUCACAUUUGUACUUGCGUUUUUGCGAGCACUUGACUGUGGAGAACUUUCAGAGAAAGCUAGGGACCCUAAACUUUUCUGCAAACAAUAUGUUGUCCCAAGAACAUCUGCUGCAGGAAAGUAUAUUUCUCUAUACAGGCAGCUCAAAAGGCAAAGCUAUUUUAUACAGAACCAAUGA